GCUCAACUUUGCCUCUGAAAAAUCGAUGAACCGCUACAACGAACUACAGGGAAGGAGAUUUUCCAUCUCGGAUACUGGAUCCUCAGCGAGCAGCGACCAAGCGAUAGCGACUCGGCAGGAGCUAUACGGCCUAGAACUAGAACACUAUAGCAGUUGUAGAAGAAGCCUGUCUUUGUACUAUCACCUUAGACUCGACUACGCAAACUACUCUUACUCCGUAGAAGUCAACAGCAACCUGGUGCCUUUGUAGAAUUCAAGAAAUCUCUGAUCCGCAACAUUUUUUGAAAACUUUCCUAAGCUAAAGAACACUCGAUAGCUAUUGUACAGUUUUGCGGCGGCGGCAGCGUUUUGAGCUUUUUUUCGUACUUUUUUUUGCGAGAUACAAGUGAAGGCGUUUGCGUUUAGCUUUCGUUCUCUCUAUCAACAAACCUUGUGAAUCAAUUGGUUCGCACAAGAAUAAACAAAACCGCUGUAAAAGCAAAACUGCUUACAUCACCAACUCCAACUGCGCAUCAAAACAGGUUUCCUAGUCUCACAGGCUCAGUCACAACAGGUUUGCGGACUUCGUGUCUCGAAACUGUAGUCACUCUGCUGCUUCUAGUGUAGUUUUUUGCCAUUUUCGGUUUAAAAAAUAACGCUCCCACCUGAGGACUUCUUUACUUUAUACUUUUUUUUAAAGUAUACUUUAAACCGCACCGGUUGCUUUACUAGCUGCAUAUACUAGCCAUCGACUAGCGAAAAUGGUGUAUUCCCGUGCCGAAUUGUCGAUCCGAGUGCCGGUUGCCUUCAUGGGCGGCCUCAUUGGUUACCAAGGCGAUACCAUUCGGAAGAUUCAUAAGAAAGGGAAAAACUUAUUGUCUUGCGCAGUAGAACCCUGCAGAAAUGACAUGUCUGUGGUCUGAACUGUUCGACCAGGUCACAUUAAUAUGCAUAUCGGACGACCACCAUGACAAACACUGUUUGCAUCGGCACGAACGCAAGACAAAUUUUGCUCUUUCAUAGUCUAGUCGGAUUCCGGGUCUACGAUCAAGGUUUUUCCGCGUGACCCCCGCGUCGUCGACAUGCGUCAGGUGAUUAUCACAAAGGACGUGGAGGCCGGUACUAUUUCCAUUGCUUGUCGAGCAUUAGAGUUUCAGCUUCUCAUGCGUAGGUACGCAUCGUAAAUAAAAACUGCAGAAUGAAAAAUGUCAAUGUGCCGUAUUUUUGCAUUGUGCUUUAUUCAGCAUGACAAACCUCUACUUACUCUCGCUCCCCUUGCUUGUUCCUCAUCAGAACAAACCCAUUCUCGCUCCCCAGGUGUCGAGGCAAUGUUCGACGUUUUCGAGCGGGAACUGAAAAACGUAUGCACUGCAAAAGUAUCGUACUAGUAUAGAUUGCAACAGAAAUUGGCUCAGCAUUACAAGUUGAAUUUGUAAUGCAGAUUUGGCUUAAGAACUAGUCUAGUUCUUAAGGCAAAUCUGCAUUACAAAUUGAUUGCAUAUUAGUUACGACUAGGAUACUUUUGCACAGGAUAAAACGCGACGAAGGGCCAACUCGCGCGCCUGGGCGAGGAUCAUAUCCUGAGUAAAAACGAUCCCACCCCAGAGUCAAGAUGGGGAUUUUGCAACACAAACCUCGAGGUUUUGGGAGCCACGCAUGACAAGUUGCAGGCUGUAGUGUAAUGCAGUUUAGCAAGGGAAGCCGCAUAACAAAUCCACCUCCUUAUCCUGUUUACAGCAUUACAGGUUCCAAAAUACAAUGGGAAAUGCCUCUCAUGUAGAUGCGCAUUACAAAUGCUCUUGUGUUUGCAGAUCUGCAUGACAACUCUGGGGUUGGGACGUUUUUGCUCAGGAUAGAUCACUUGUUUUCCUUCAAGGUAGACGUCGCGAGCAACCAAAUCGGUGCGGUGAUUGGCCGCCGGGGUCAGGGUGCGCACUCCAUUCGCGAAACUUCCGGUUGCACAGUGAAGAUCCAGGGAGAGGGAGAAGUUCAGGUACUUGAAAAUAUUAAUUUGAGAGAGCUUAUUGUUCGUGUUUCUUGAUCAAGCAUGACAGAGAUCCGCUCUCAUGCGGUGCACGCAUUACAUGAAAGAAUUCAGCAUUUGGUUUUCUGGCGAAAUCAGCAUUAUGUUUCUACUGAUGCAAAAAUAAAACAAAGCACCAUGAUAUUGUCCUAUCGCACCAUCACACAACUACAGCUGUCGGGUAAGCUGCCCCAGAUCCGCGAGGCGAUGCGCGCUGUGUGGGCUUCCAUUAAGGAAAUUCCGUCUUUGUAUAACAUUAUGCGCGUCUCCGAGUCCUUCUACAAAUCCCCCCUCGCGGGCUAUCAAGAACGAAAAUCCCCCCUCCCCAUAUCAAAACGGAAAUCUGUGAUGCAGAUCUGUGGUCACAUAUCAGCUUUGUGAUGCUAGAAGGCAAAAGAUGCGGACUGUAGUGCUAGCUAGCGUGGGAAAGUGUUGCAUCUCCAGCAUGACACGAGGCAACUGGAAGUGGGAAACAGCAUGACAAAUUGCCCGCAAUGCAGGCCACAGCUGCGUCUCUUGGCCUUCUGGCAAGACAAGUCGAUUUGUGUAUUCAAAUACAGCAUCACAAAUUUCGUUUCCGAUAUGGGGAGGGGGGAUUUUUCUUUUUGAUACGGGCCCGAUCAUCGAGUGCGUGCUGCGCCUCCCGGACGACACCGUCGGUAUGCUGAUCGGCCGCUAUGCAUUGCAAAUAUGUCUGGGUCUGGAAGACAGUAACUUGUGAUGCUAAAUCUGAAGCAUGCUAAAAUCUGUGUUGUAUGAGUGCCAAAAGCUCUCCACUUUCGACCAAGUUGGGAGGGGAUAUCUCAUGCAGGAUGGGCAUGACAGAGAGGACCUCGCAGAGUUUGCCAUGCUAGGUCCCGCAUUCCAGACCUCAUGGGUCAUGAAAAAUCUGCAUGACAAGUUGCAUUCUUCCAGACCCAGACAUAUUUGCACUUGAUAGCCGCCGCGGCAACACCAUCUCCACCAUCCGUCGCGAGUGCACCGGAGUGCGAAUCGACAUCGAGUCUGGAACCAACCCGGGCGACCCGGCAGCGUUGAAGACCAACCACCACGGAGGGAUUAUCAACCAGGGCCUCGGCCGAGGUGGCAUGCCGGAUGAGCCGACGAGAGAGGUAGAAUUCGUCUUUAGUUUAUUGCAGCAUGAACGAAAUUUUUUUACAACCGGGGUGUCGUGUUGAUUGCGCAUCACAAGUUUCAUGUGCUCACGAGAUAUCGUUGUACAGCAGCUGUAGGUCUACAUAAGUACACUACUACGUGGAAACUUGUCACGCGGAACUCACAAUGCAAUGAAUCAAUUUGCCAAAAAUCAUGCUGUGCAUCAAACUUCCAGGUCGUGUUGCGGGGAACGAUGCGCGCCACUUGCCGUGCGCACCAGAUGAUUGCUGCUUUGGUAGAAAACGACAUGCGCAGAAAGAACCGAGCGAAGGUAAAAAUUUUUGUGUCUUAUCUCUCCUUUUGUGCUUGAGUAGUUGUAUGACAAAGAAAGCAUUUUUUUUUUGCGAAACUGUGCAUGGCAAAUUUCAUUUGCACUUCGAUCUCAUCGACCAGGACGCUGCUGGUGUGGAGCAUGACGAGCAUGGCUGGGCUGCGAGCGAAAUGGGCGUCAUGUCAAAGGGACCCUUCGGCACUCCGGAAACCGCCCCGACAGAGCGCGAGUCACCGGAAAUGUCCAAGGCUUAA